GGCAAUUAGCCUCUAGUAAGUAGACGGGCUCGGUUCCGCCUUAUUGGAUAGGACUUCUUGUCAUAUUUGUUAGUAUCACACCAACUCCAAAUGUUCUAGCGUCGCUUGUGCUUGAGGUGUAAACCAAUAUUAUUUGGCGGCAAAUUCAAAAUUGUGUUCUGAAUAAUGUAAUAUUAUGUAUCAUUUUAAUGCAAUAGAAAUUCAAUAUAGCCGUAAAAUAACAAAUAAAAGAUUAUCAUGUACUUUAACAUAUACUCUCUUUGCCCAAAAUAUCAUAUACAUUUACAAUGAUGUAUUGGGGAGAUGAACGAACUAAUAAAAACGAAACACAUUUAGAAGGAAACAUGGGAAGAUAAAGGUUGAAAAGGCAAGACCUAACAAUUGUCAUGGGUGACCAAAGUUGGGGCUAGCAAAACAUGAUUUGCAGUUGAACCAUUUGGACUAAGAAACCGGAACGAUCGGAGAGAUACAAUGGAGAUUUUUGCAGAAGCAAAUCAAUUGGUAAUAAUGAACACCUGGUUUAAGCUACACCCAAGGAAAUUGUACACCUGGAAAUCUCCACAGGAUUCUGUGGGAAGGAUUAUAAGAAAUCAGAUUGAUUACAUGCUGGUAAAUAAGAGGUAUAGGAACAGCUGUACAUGUGUCAAAACAUAUCCGGUGGCAGACACAAAUUCUAAUAAUGUUCCAGUUGUAGGUAGUUUCAAAGUCAGAAUGAAGAAGUUUGCAAGUAAGUCGAUGAAGUAGUAUAAUGUUAGAAAACUGAAAGAUCCCAAUGUUCAACUGAAGAUGAGUGAAAACCUCAAUAAAACGGUACUAAAAUGCAGGAGCUAUAGAGGAAAGUCUUACCAUCAUACAAGAAACAGUGUGAGAAACAAAAGAACGACACCUGAACAAAGAUAAAGAGAAACGGAAAUCAUGUAUGGCCGAUGAAAUACUUGAACUUAUGGAUCAGAGAAAAAAAAAACAAAAUAAAUCUACAAAAAUAACGUCAGAUAAGAGAAGCUAAAGAGAAACAAAAAACAGAACAAUGUCAAGAAAUAGAGGAGUACCAGAGUGGAUAUGAUAACUUCAGUCCAUCGAAAGAUGAAGGAAAUAGCUGGAAAGUUCCGAAAACGUAACAGCGGAAAAAUAACAGUUGACGAAGGCAAUCUUGCCAGAACCAAAGAAGAUAAAAAGAAAGUAUGGGAAGAAUACUUAAAGAAACUUACUUUAAAG